AGGGACGUUCAUUAGCAUAGCCUCCUCCCCUCCCGGCGCGGCCCUGCCCAGCAACCCGAGCGGAGGCCGGCGGCUGAAUGGGCGCUCGGCUCCGGGCCCCGGCCCUCCAGCGUCCCACCCUCUCUCCCGCUCCCGCCCCGCCCCGGCCUCCGCCGGCGGCCGCCAUCCGCCGCCCCGGCUGUGAAUGAAAGGCAGGCGCCGCCGGCGCUGGCUGCAGGCGACUCGGCGACGCGGCCUCCCAGGAGGCGCUCGCCCGGCAGAGAUGUACGGUGUGUGUGGCUGCUGCGGUGCUCUACGCCCCAGGUACAAAAGGCUGGUUGACAACAUCUUCCCUGAGGAUCCCGAGGAUGGCUUGGUGAAGACCAACAUGGAGAAGCUGACCUUCUACGCCCUUUCAGCUCCAGAAAAACUGGAUCGAAUUGGCGCCUACCUCUCCGAGAGGCUCAUCCGCGAUGUGGGUCGUCAUCGAUAUGGGUACGUGUGCAUCGCCAUGGAGGCACUGGACCAGCUGCUCAUGGCCUGCCACUGCCAGAGCAUCAACCUCUUCGUGGAGAGUUUCCUUAAGAUGGUGGCCAAGCUGCUGGAGUCGGAGAAGCCCAACCUGCAGAUCCUUGGCACCAACUCGUUUGUGAAGUUUGCCAACAUCGAGGAGGACACCCCAUCCUAUCACCGGAGCUAUGACUUCUUUGUGUCCCGCUUCAGUGAAAUGUGCCACUCCAGCCACGAUGACAUGGAAAUCAAGACUAAAAUCAGAAUGUCAGGCAUCAAAGGUCUGCAAGGGGUGGUGAGGAAGACGGUGAACGAUGAAUUACAGGCCAAUAUCUGGGACCCACAGCACAUGGACAAAAUUGUCCCAUCACUGCUUUUCAAUCUGCAGCACGUAGAGGAGGCAGAGAGCCGCUCCCCCUCGCCCCUCCAAGCGCCAGAGAAGGAGAAGGAGAACCCAGCAGAGCUGGCCGAGAGGUGCCUUCGGGAACUGCUGGGCCGGGCCGCCUUUGGCAACAUCAAAAAUGCCAUCAAGCCUGUCCUCAUCCAUCUGGACAACCAUUCUCUUUGGGAACCCAAGGUGUUCGCCAUCCGUUGCUUUAAAAUCAUCAUGUACUCGAUUCAGCCGCAGCACUCCCACCUGGUUAUCCAGCAGCUCCUGAGCCACCUGGAUGCCAACAGCCGCAGCGCGGCCACGGUGCGGGCGGGCAUCGUGGAGGUCCUGUCGGAAGCUGCCGUCAUCGCCGCCACCGGCUCUGUCGGGCCCACGGUGCUGGAGAUGUUCAACACUCUACUGAGGCAGCUGCGGCUCAGCAUCGACUACGCCCUGACCGGGAGCUACGACGGGGCCAUCAGCCUGGGCACCAAGAUCAUCAAGGAGCACGAAGAGCGCAUGUUCCAGGAGGCCGUCAUCAAGACCAUAGGCUCCUUUGCCAGCACGUUGCCCACUUAUCAGCGCUCCGAGGUGAUACUCUUCAUCAUGAGCAAGGUCCCACUGCCUUCCCUGCAUCAUCCCAUGGAGACGGGGAAGACCGGAGAGAACAGGAACCGGCUGACCCAGAUUAUGCUGCUGAAAUCCCUCCUUCAGGUGUCCACAGGUUUCCAGUGCAACAACAUGAUGUCAGCCUUGCCCAGCAACUUCCUCGACCGCCUUCUGUCCACCGCCCUCAUGGAGGAUGCAGAGAUCCGUCUCUUCGUUCUGGAGAUUCUCAUCAGUUUCAUUGAUCGUCAUGGCAACCGCCACAAGUUCUCUACCAUCAGUACCCUUAGCGACAUCUCUGUCCUGAAGCUGAAAGUGGACAAGUGCUCCCGACAGGACACCGUCUUCAUGAAGAAGCACUCCCAGCAGCUCUACAGACACAUCUACCUGAGCUGUAAGGAGGAGACGAACAUACAGAAGCACUACGAGGCGCUCUACGGCUUGCUGGCCCUCAUCAGCAUUGAGCUGGCCAAUGAGGAGGUGGUGGUGGACCUCAUCCGCCUGGUGCUGGCUGUUCAGGAUGUGGCCCAGGUCAAUGAAGAGAACCUGCCUGUAUACAACCGCUGUGCCCUCUACGCGCUGGGUGCAGCCUACCUGAACCUCAUCAGCCAGCUCACAACAGUACCUGCCUUCUGCCAGCACAUCCAUGAGGUGAUAGAGACCAGGAAGAAAGAGGCUCCUUACAUGCUCCCUGAGGACGUGUUUGUGGAGAGGCCUAGGUUGUCUCAAAAUCUUGAUGGAGUAGUGAUUGAGCUCCUCUUCCGCCAGAGCAAGAUCAGUGAAGUCCUGGGGGGCAGCGGCUACAAUUCAGACAGGCUUUGCCUGCCCUACAUCCCUCAGCUGACAGAUGAGGAUCGCUUAUCCAAGAGGAAGAGCAUUGGAGAAACCAUUUCCCUGCAGGUGGAGGUGGAAUCUAGGAACAGCCCAGAGAAGGAGGAGCGAGUGCCUGCCGAGGAGAUCACCUAUGAGACGCUAAAGAAGGCCAUCGUGGACAGUGUGGCGGUCGAGGAGCAGGAACGUGAACGGCGGCGACAAGUGGUGGAGAAGUUCCAGAAGGCACCCUUUGAGGAGAUUGCAGCACACUGCGGGGCCCGGGCAUCACUGCUGCAGAGCAAACUCAAUCAGAUCUUUGAAAUCACCAUCCGCCCCCCGCCGAGCCCGUCAGGCACCAUCACCGCAGCCUAUGGCCAGCCUCAGAACCACUCCAUCCCUGUCUACGAGAUGAAGUUUCCGGAUCUGUGCGUAUACUGAAUGCCAAAAGACAGAGCUCCUCGUAGGGGUGGGGUCUGAGGGAGGGGCUUGCCCUCACAACCCACCCCUGGGACAUGGGAAUUGAACUGGGAUCUCAGAGAAAAUGCACCUUGGUUGGCAAGCACCUCCCCAGCUAAGCAAAAUGGAGUGGCGGAGGGGGGUGGGGGGCCCUCUCGGCCCUCCCCGGCCCUCCCACUUCCUCCUUGUCUUCCCUGAGGGAGAUCAGCCUCCUGCCCCUCUGAGGCCAAUAAGCAUCCCACCUGCCCUUUGUUUCCUCCUUUGUGUCAGCCUGGAGCCGGGCGCCAUGGGGGUCUUUUCAGAGGGAGGCUGGAGUCUCCAGAAGCUCCUCCUUGGUGUAGCAUGGCAAGGGCUCUCAUGGGGACGGGUCCGGGGAGCAGAGCCGCCAGUCCCCCGGGAGGGAACUAGACAGAGCCAGGGUCAGGCAGAGGAAGGCACAGACUGCAGUCCAGAGGAAGCGGGGGCAAGGCUCCCAGCUCCUCCUGGAAAGUGGUGGCAUACGAGGCUGGAAGAUGGCUGCGCUCUUCCAGAGUAUUCCCUCCCCUCAGCCCAGAGGCCUCUGGCCUCUGGGUGUCCCUUCCACUCUCCUGCUCACGCCGCCAGUUGUGUCCUUGUGAAUCUUUCUAGUAUUAGUUCAUAUCGAGCCCUUCCAACAGGAGUCCUUCCAACAGGAGCCCUUCCACACGGGGCAGGAAAGGAUGAAAAAGAAGGGCGGCAGGCUGGCCACAGAGAGGGCUGCCCCUCCCCAGGCUCGGCCUGCCUCCUGUAGAGGAGCGGGCGGGCAGAAGUGGGCACAGUCACGCCCUCUGUGGCAUCUUCUCACUUCCUUCGUUCAGAGGGAGCUUGUUGGGUCCACCUGUGGCCCUCUCCCUUCCAGAUGUUUCUCUGAGUGGAGCUUUCUCUCUCUGAUGCCUUUCUUCCUGAGGAUCCUAGCAUGUUUCUAUAGCCUCUGGGUUGCGGGAGGGCAGAACGAGAGAAUCUGGUUCAAGAAGAUCUGGUUCUGCAUGGCAUGAGAGGAGCCGCAAGGGCCCGCAGGCCUGCCCACAUCACUUUCUUUGGGAGAAGCUCCCAGCCUGGUCUGGGGAAGGGGCGGGGGAGGGGGUUAUGGGGAGUAGCACUUUGCAUCUCAAGGAUGUCAGGAGUCAACCUAGUGGAUAUUUCGUUCAAGGAAAGAAGGAUCCAGCAUCUAAUACUGGAAUGAUCUCUUCACUCUAUGGAUGAAGUCAGGACAUCAUCACAGCCAGCUGGCAAAGCUUGAGGCUUGGGGAGAGGCAGUAGAGACGCCUUUGGGUUCUGGGUUUCCAUUUUCCCUGAGUGCCAUCCGUGUGCAGAGGAGGGGCUGCUGCAGAGCUGGUAGGCCGCUGUGCUCCCCCCCCCCACCUCCCCCACCCAUCCUCCCUCCAGGGACCUUUGUGCCUCCAGAGUCUCCUGGGCCCCCUCCAGUGGCAGAACCCCAUGGUCCAAAAUAGCCCUUUUCUUCUCUUCCAGGCAAACGUCCCCUAACUUUUCUGAGCCGAUGUAACUCACAGUAAGGUGUGAAUGGUCAGAUGAUCCCUCCCUGGAGAAUUUGUUUUUUAAAAAGAGGGAGGGUGAGUAGAUUUCUUGACCCAAAGGAAACCCUUUUGAGGGUACAAUUUUAGGCAGUGUGGGGAAGGGUCAGAAGCAGGAUGUUUCUACUAAGGGGAGGGCAAGCUUCUCAGGCCACUCUCUGGUCACACCCGUGCACACAGCCCUGUGCAGACACACGAUGAAAGCCUGAUUAGUAGGACAAAUCUGUAUUUUCCCAAACUGGGAAAACCUUAACAUACGCACUUUCCCAUUACAUGUGCAAUAAACGGUUUGGGUGGAGGGGGCUAUCUGACUCUCGUUCCCGUAGUUUCUACCCUUGGUUGGUGCCCCUGUGCUGUGGGCCUGUGGCUUCCAGAGAGCCUGCAUGAUUACAAGGCCCACGGAGCCUGGCUCCUGCGCCCCACCCGCACCCCACCCCCACAGCUUUCGGCUGGGUUCUAUGACUCUUGGCUAAUGCUCAACCCAAAUUUAUAAGCAUGAACUUAGAUUUCUCUUUACCUUACUAUCUCUUUAUUAGGAAACAAAGUUUAAAAUAAAAUGUGAAGGCAAAUAACCUUUGGAA